AUGACAGGAAGGCUGGCUAAUGCUACCUCCGUAAGGGGGACACUGGCCGAUGCCUUCCCUCCCUUAUACUUUGACCUUUGUGAUGUGAUAGACUACAAGUGGGAGCCUGGCACUACCCAUAAUUGGCAUCCCUCAACCACCUACUAUGGUUGCGGUCCGGCUUCCCACAGCAAAGAGAUCUACGUUUGCCCUGGACACAGAGUGAGCCGGCAGUGUGGAGGGCCGGGGAGUGGGUACUGUGCCCAGUGGGGAUGUGAGACUACUGGGGAUGCGUAUUGGAAGCCAUCCUCAUCUUGGGACCUGAUAACUCUGAAACGAGACGGUCGGCCUCCUUACACCUUAUGUAAACGGGACGCGAAAUGCAAUCCCCUCGUCCUCCACUUCACCGACUCAGGUAGAAGAGCGACCUGGGACGGGCCCAAAUCUUGGGGCCUGCGCUUAUACGUCACAGGGACCGAUCCGGUGGGUCUGUUCUCUCUAAAUAGACAAGUCUCUCCCCUGGCCACUCGACCCAUUGGACCCAACCCAGUUCUACCAGAUCAGAAGCCUCCCUCGCUCCCGGCACAAGCCCAACCCCCGUCAUUGCCUAAGGUCACCCAGGCCCCUGGUAGUACUCCCACAAGCCCCUUCUCCACAACGGGGGGCUCCACCAUUUUGAUCUCCCCAUCGCCAGGCACCGGGGAUCGAUUAUUCAAUUUGGUGGCUGGUGCAUAUCUGGCUCUCAACUAUUCAGACCCUUUUAGGACUCAGGAGUGCUGGUUGUGUCUCGUUUCCGGUCCGCCCUAUUAUGAAGGGGUAGCAGUCAUUGGAAAUUACACCAACCUGACUGCUGCCCCAGACAGUUGUGCCAAUACCCCCAGCCACAGACUAACUCUGCCCGAGGUCUCGGGACGAGGGCUCUGCUUGGGGAAUGUACCCCCCACACACCAGACCCUCUGCAACACCACUCAGAAGAUUCCCAUCGGGAACUACUUCCUGGCAGCCCCAAAAGGCACAUACUGGGCCUGCAAUACCGGACUAACACCCUGUAUCUCAGCCACAGUCCUCAACCAAUCCUCUGACUAUUGUGUAUUAGUAGAAAUUUGGCCCAAAGUCACCUACCAUGAAUCCGAGUAUAUAUACUCGUUUUUUGAGAAACAGACUCGUUUUCGACGAGAGCCUGCCACCCUGACUUUAGCUUUACUCCUAGGAGGAAUCACCUUGGGGGGAGUGGCCGCGGGUAUAGGGACCGGGACCACUGCACUCAUUGAAACUGGCCAUUUCCAAAUGGAUUUCAAGAAGUUGGUGUGA